AUGGGCGUGCCGCACACGCCACCGGACGCUGCGGGCGGGGCACUACCCAGCAAGACGGGUCUGCAGCACUCGGAGUUUGGGUUGUGCAAGAAUGAAGCGUACAGAUGGACGUCCAAGUACGAUGAGAGCCGCUUGGAAGUGUCCGAGGAAGACAGCCCAAGCUACUUGACAGUGUUAUCGACGUACUUGACAUAUAUUGUGCUGAUUCUGUAUGGGCACUUGCGUGACUUUUUGGGUCGACGCUUCUAUCCGCAGGAUUUCUCUCAUUUGCAGGAGAACAAUGGAUAUGCAGCGCUCAACUCGGACUUUGACAGCUUCUUUACGCGUCGCCUCAAGAUGCGGAUCGAUGACUGCUUUGAGCGGCCUGUGACAGGAGUAUGUGGCCGCACUGUGAUGACGCUCGAGCGCAUCACACGCAACUACAAUCGCACUUUUGAGCUCACAGGCAAUACGCGGCGCGCACUGAACAUUAGCGCGUACAAUUAUCUGGGUUUUGCACAGUCGCACGGCGAAUGUGCGGACAACGUGGACAUUGGACUGAGUCUGUAUGGACUAUCAAGCGGUGGCACGCGUCUAGGUGCUGGAAUGCUGGAUUUGCAGCGGCAGGGAGAGAGAAUGGUUGCUCGGUAUCUGAACCAAGAGGAUGCUAUGCUGAUUAGCAUGGGCUUCGCUACGAACAGUACUACGAUCCCAGCUAUUGCAGGCCCAGGCACGCUCAUUCUUUCUGAUGAACUCAAUCACACAUCGCUGCGGGCUGGUGUGCGGAUGAGCGGUGCAAGUAUCCGAACGUUCAAACAUGGGAGCAUCGACGCAUUGGAAUCGCUCCUGCGUGAGUGCAUUAGCCAGGGGCUUCCGCGAACGCAUAGGCCAUGGAAGAAGAUUGUGCUGCUCAUCGAGGGGCUGUAUUCGAUGGAAGGCACAAUUGUUGACUUGCCACGAGUGCUGGAGCUUAAGAAGAAGUAUAAGUUCUACUUGUAUGUGGACGAGGCGCAUUCGAUCGGGGCGCUUGGACCUCAUGGCGGAGGGGUGUGUGACUACUUCGGUGUAGAUCCUUCGCUAGUGGACAUACACAUGGGUACGUUUACGAAAUCAUUUGGCGCUGUCGGUGGGUACGUGGCUGGAAAGAAAGAGAUCAUCGACAGCAUCCGGCGAUACAACUAUUCGAACGUGUUUGGUGAGACGAUGGCCCCACCGGUGCUAAUCCAGAUUAUGUCGACACUUGCCACUAUCAUGAGUGUCGGCAAGAUACCGGACGGGCGCGCCCUGCUCCCACCGUGGAUGCAAUUUUCCGAGCCGUUCUUGGCUGGUGUGGAAGGCCGGCAUCGUCUAGAGCGCUUGGCAUUCAAUGCACGCUAUCUGAACCACGGGCUUCGGAAGCUCGGGUUCAUUAUUUGGGGCAGCCGCGACAGCCCCGUGGUGCCGCUCUUGCUGUUCCAACCCGGCAAGAUGAAGUUGUUUUCGUCUUUCAUGCUGGAUCGCGGACUGGCCUUACCGCCGUCGCAGCGGUGGAAGACGGAAGAUGAUGCAUGGAAUACCGCGACACUCGAGACACCCAAUUUGUCUCAUACUGGUCCACAUGGCGUGCGCCGACGUCCACCGAUUGUUGUGGUGGUUGUUGCAUACCCCGCUACGCCACUAAUUUCGACGCGAGUGCGCUUCUGUGUGAGUGCUGCGCACACAAAAGAAGACAUCGAUGACGUGCUGGUUGCCUGCGACGAGAUUGGCUCGGCCAUUUGCCUGAAGUAUACAGAUGGCGGCCCUGGUGGACGCUGGUCCAUCGACAAAAUUCUUUCUCAUGCUACGGACCUGGUAGCAUGGAACGGUAUAGACCCCCUUCCUGAGCCCAAGGACUAA